AUGGCAGAGGUACGCCAGCGGAAGGCCAAUGCCUCGUCCGACACCACCGCCAACGAGCCACCACCCGCAACUCCCGCCGCCGCCGCCACUUCCGACGACUCCAAGAAGAAGAAGAAAGCCAGAAGCGACAGCGACCCCCCACCACCCGCGGCCGGCUACGAUGUCGGCAUCCUCAACAUCGCGCUCGCGGUCGGCUCGAUCCUAACCCUGACCGCCGUCGCCAUCGGCGUGGCCAUCCACUUCCUCGACCCGUUCCAGCACCUCGAAGAGCUCUCCGCCUCCGUCGCCGCCUCCAACGCGAAGCCCGCCUCGUCCUCCUCAGACACCACCACUGCCGACAACAACAACAACCUCCGCACCUUCACCCCGUCCACCCUCUCCGCCUACACCGGCGCCGACCCCGACACCCCGAUCUACAUCUCCAUCAACGGCACCGUCUACGACGUCUCCGCCAGCCCCACCUUCUACGGGCCCUCAGGCCCUUACGGGCACUUCGCGGGGCGCGACGCGACGCGCGCCUGGGUGACAGAAUGCUUCGGCUCGACGGGCCUGACGGCGGCCGAGCUGGCCGACGAAGCCUUCGUUUCUUCACAACUCACGCACACGCUGGCCGGCGUGGCGGACGCCAUGUUCCGCCCGCUCUGGCUGGACGAGGCGCUGCAGGACGCGGCCGACGGCCGCCCCGUCAACGACGACGCCGCCGCGCUGUUCCCGGCCGCCAGCAUCCCCGCGGGCACGACGCUGCCGGACAAGCUGCGCAAGCAGGCGCAGGCGGCGCUGGCGCGGUUCGGGCGCGUGGAUGAUGACGAGAGGGAAAGGCGGCGCGAGGCCGAUGCCGUCGAGGCGGAGCAGGCCGUCGAGCGGGCGCUGGCGAAGUGGGUGGGGUUCUUCGCGAGCAGUGGGAAGUAUCAGGUUGUGGGGCGGAUGGUGUUUGAUGACGAGGCGGGCGAUGAUGGGUUGGAGGAGGAUGUGGAGCCGCCGGCGAUCUGCGAGAAGGCGAGGAAGAAGAGGCCGAUCAAGGGCGGGAAGUUGGAGGCUGUGAUGGGCAUGAUGCAGAAGCUGAUGGGUGGCGAUGCCGGGGCGAAUGCUCCCGCGGGUGCCGGCGCGGGUGCGAGUCAAGGGAAGGGGCAGAUGCCGGAGUUUGUCAAGCAGAUGCUAGAGAAGAGGGAGAAGGAAAAGAAGGCGAAGAAUUAG